GUGGUAUUUUUUGGAAAAAAUUCGAGAGAAAUCCAUGAAAAAUCAAACAUAUGAAAAUUACUUGCUCACUCAUAUGGUAACAUAUCAGUGGUUCCUCUGGGACAGAGCGUCUUCCCUUUCCAACCUCAGUGCUGCUCCCAGCUGUUAUUGAGAGAGUAUGUGUCAUCGCGUCAUCCGUCUUUCAUCAGCAUUUUGUUGCUUUUGCAAAAUGCAAAAGAGGAAGAGAUUCGUGGAGCAGCGAAGGUAAAGGCUAGAGAAGGCUCAAGAAGAAAAAAAAAAGAAGAGAGACAACACCACCCUCUAUAGAAGAAGAUGUGGUUGUAGCGGGGUCGAGUUCGCAGGCGUCACCGCAUGCCAACCCCCGCCCAGUUGCCUGGAUUCACUUCUUGGAGUAGAACACACCACAUUGAUGAGCAAAUACUUGAAGAAUCAAGAUGCCAAGAUGAAUGUGAAACCAAGAUUGAGGAUGAGAAACAAGAAACUCCAGGAAGAUCUCGCGUACGCUGCAGAUACGAGCUGAAACUGUGGCAUAAUCAUAUCAAUAUUAAGAUUUACUUACAAUAAAAUUUUUAUGUUGAUACAACUAUCCACUUCCCUGUGCCUUAAAGGCAGUUCAGUAUUUCCUCACACUCAUCCAUAUACAGGAUAGACAGCCCAACUUUGCAUUGCACCAGGUAUGACUAAUGAAGAACAACAGCAAAGUUACCAGAUGUAGUGACAGGAGUGACAGAAAGCACAAUGGGGCACACAAGUUUAUCUGAGAAAGUGCAACAUAAGCCUGUAGAGAUAAAAACAAGUUAUAGAAAACGGAACACAUUAGCGGAAACAGAAACAGAAACUAAAGAAAUUAUUACCGGUUACACUACUGCUACAACAACAGCAACAACAACAACUACUACUACUACUACUACUACUACUACUACUACUACUACUACUACUACUACUACUACUACUGUUGCUGUUGCUGCUGCUUCUGCUGGCCGCCUGACUGAAGGCCUGCCAGCGUUAUCUAUAGCAUGAUAGCUGUUAUCAGGCUGUGGGAGGACGCCCUUAUCAGCUGUCCUGCAACCUUCAGUAGAAGUGAGUGAAGAGGUUACUCGGAAAAUGUGGUCAUAGCCUUGGCUUCACUGUAAAUAAACAAAAGGAUAACACGACACUUGCAGGAGGAAGAAGAGGAGGAAGUGGAAAACGAGGUGGUUGUGGUGUUGGUGGUGGUUGACCUCCGUGAUGCUGAGCGGCGACUGGCCAGCGCCUUCCGCCACCACUCAGCGACUGUGCCUUGGCUGGUCUUGGCCAGGGUCUUUAAGGGAGGGCAAUUCAGGAGAUGACAUAGCAGUCUUUAACAGGCUGAACGAUUUACUACUCUCAGCCCUCCCCUCAGUCACGGCCUGUCAGGCCUCAUGUAGACCUAGAUAUCUGCUGACGAGGCGAGAGUGAGGCGAGAGUCGUCACUGAGGUAAGAGCGAGCGACACGUCCAGAGUGCUGCAGGAAGCGUUCAUCAUCGUGGCUGUCGUUCAAAAAGUCUUCUAGGGACUCAUUGCUCAUAUUUACUGUUUUAACCCUGGAAACAAGACAAAAUAAAACACGUAAGGUGAAAGAAGAAUGAAACAAGAAUGAAGAAAUGAAGAAGGAAAUAAAAAGUAGGAAGAAUAAAUGAGGGAAGAAGAUGAUAAACACGACAACAGGUAGCAAGAAGAGACGAGACGUGGCCACCGAGGAGAACAACAAAAUCCGGAGCAAGGAGGCGGAGUGUGACGCGCCUUGUGGCACCAACACAGAGGCAGGCAACCUGAAGCAAGGGCAGCAACACAGAGGCAGGCAGCCUGAAGGAAGGCCAGCAACACAGAGGCAGGCAACCUGAAGGAAGGCCAGCAACACAGAGGCAGGCAGCCUGAAGGAAGGCCAGCAACACAGAGGCAGGCAGCCUGAAGGAAGGCCAGCAACACAGAGGCAGGCAGCCUGAAGCAAGGCCAGCAACACAGAGGCAGGCAGCCUGAAGGAAGGCCAGCAACACAGAGGCAGGCAGCCUGAAGGAAGGCCAGCAACACAGAGGCAGGCAGCCUGAAGGAAGGCCAGCAACACAGAGGCAGGCAGCCUGAAGGAAGGCCAGCAACACAGAGGCAGGCAGCCUGAAGCAAGGCCAGCAACACAGAGGCAGGCAGCCUGAAGGAAGGCCAGCAACACAGAGGCAGGCAGCCUGAAGGAAGGCCAGCAACACAGAGGCAGGCAGCCUGAAGCAAGGCCAGCAACACAGAGGCAGGCAGCCUGAAGGAAGGCCAGCAACACAGAGGCAGGCAGCCUGAAGGAAGGCCAGCAACACAGAGGCAGGCAGCCUGAAGCAAGGCCAGCAACACAGAGGCAGGCAGCUUGAGCCAUGGAUGACAACGUGGAGGACUGUCCAGUGUGCCUCAACACCUUUGACGACACCCUCAGGCGGCCACGCACUCUGCCCUGUGGCCAUACAGUGUGCUCGCCGUGCAUUGACGGACUGAAGCAGCAGGGUGCCGUCACGUGCCCCACCUGCCGGGCGAGUCACGCCGUGCCCGAGGCGGGCCAGUUCCCCAUCGCCUAUGCUGUUGAGGGACUUGUGAGGAGGCUGAGGGGUGCAGGACUGGCCUCUCUGCCAGCCGAGCCAGGGAAGCAGACAGCCCCACCAGUGACACGGCCUGCACCAAAGGCGACAACGGGACUCAGCAGGAAGGCACAGUUCCUGCUGCAGGAGCAAGAGGCGAAGGUCCUGGCUGCCAUCCGCUCCUGCCAGGAGGAGCAGAGCCAGCUGGCCGAGUACCUGACAACCCUCGGUGGCUGGAGCAGUCGCCAGCAGCGGCUGCAAGACGAGCUGCAGACGCUGGUGGACCAGAGCAAGAGUGCCCGGGAAGCGGUGCACCGCGAGGAGUCCCGGGUGGAGGGCAGGCAGGAGGAGGUGCGGCAGAAGGAGCAGCAGCUGCACGCCGCGCUGCAGUCGCUGCGCACGGCCGCAACACGGCAGGAAGCUUACGAGGUCAUUGAGGACACAGAACUUCUGGUGGAGAAGGACAGUCAGACAGAGGGGUGUCUGGGAGUGUUUCCCGACGUCCACGCCGUCACCACCGUCACCAAGGUGGCAAAGGCAUCGCGCGCAGCCCUGCAGGCCGCCACCGCUGCCGCCGCUGCCACACAGGCAGCCCUGGAGGCAGCGGGCACUGCUGCUGCAGCCUCGGGGGACUCCAGCCUCCCAGCAGCCUGGACCGAGGCCUCCAUCGCGGAUAGGCUGCAGGCCCUGCUGGCGCCGACCCUGACGGCCGAGGACCUGCACAGCCUAACACAGCGUGCCAGGGGCCUGGUGGAGGCUGGCCUUGUCUUCGCCGUCCACGACGUGAAGGGACAGACUCGGCACGCAAGGAUCAGCCUUGAAGACGGCAGCCUUUACCUCCACUCCCUGCAGACCCAGGCCCUGCCGAACUUCACCGCCACCCUGCAGAUGGGGGAGGUGGUGCCGGCCGCCCCCCCCUGCGAGGUGUUCCUGGACCUGGCGUGGCCCGGCAGCGUGGCGCGGCGGGUGGUGGUGAGUCUACCCCAGGACACCCCCAGGAGCCGGCAGUUCAUGCUGCUGUGCUCGGGCCAGCGGGGCGCCUGCUACGCCAACACCAGGCUGUUUGAGGUGAUAGAUGAGGGACAGCCGGAGGAGAGUGUGGUGGGAGGAGACUACCAGAAAGAUAAUGGGAGGGAAGUAGCCGCCCUGCUGCCUUACCUUUACCAGGUUGAGUACUGGCAGUUAGGCAACGCGGGGGCUGUGUGGUGCUGGCGUGAUGACCAUGCCCGUGGUGCUCAGUUCAACAUCACCACCGGGAACAUGCAGCAUGCUGAUGAUUGGCAUAAUGUCUUUGGCCAGGUGGUGCGGGGCCUGGAGGUGGUGCAGGAGGCAGCCCAGCACCGCCCCAUUACUGAGGUGACUGUGGUGCAGUGUGGCGUGGUGCUGUCACGGUAGUGCUGCACCACACCACACACCACCACACCACACCACUACCAAUAUUAUUUUGUUAUUUUUUUUAAGAGGAAAGAAGCAAACACACACACACACACACACACACACACACACACACACACACACACACACACACACACACACACACACACACACACACACACACACACACACACACACACACACACACACACACACACACA